GUGUUCUGCGCUCUAGCAUCUGGUUUUGAGUUCCGCAUCAAGAGAUCGAAUAAGACGAGAAAAUCAGUCCAGCCCGGCAUGAAACGCAACAAACACACGAAGCUGAGGUAGGUGGAGCUUAUGGUUGAGAAGAAGUUGCGGGAGGACAGCGGAACGACUUCCACAAAGUUGAAGAAAUGGUUUGACAAGGCAGUCAAGACCCACGUCAGCUACAGCAAGUGUUUGCGAGCGCGGACGUCUGUGCUUCGGACACUGAAUGGGGCUCUGGAGAAGGGGUUUAGCGACUUGCGAAGGUACUGCAGUCUGCAGGGUGCAUCACAAGAGGCGUAUGAGAUCAUAUGGACAGAUGCGCACAAACGACAUCAAUCGUGGCUGGUGGAGUUCCUUAAUGGCAAAGUCUUGUGCACGUGUCGCUUUUGGGGGGACAAACACCGUCCAUGCAUUUAUGCUGCAGCAGCCAUCACGGAACGAAACGAGGAUAUAGCGUGGUAUGUGGACGCCUUUUACACCACGAGCGCCUUACAAGCAUCGUAUGAGGGUGUCGUCUUCCCGACGUGCUUCGGAAACACAAGAACGCCCAUGGACAGUGAGGAGACCGUUCUCCCUCUCGCAACGAAGCGCCAAAAAGGGCGUCCUUCUAGUGGAAGUCGAAUCAAGAGUUGUCUUGAGAAUGAGAGGGUCAGCCAGCCAAGGGCAAACAAGCAGAAGUGUUCGCUUUGCGGGCUUACCGGUCAUAAUGCCCGCAAAUGCAGCACACCAAGGCCAACUGGUGGAGUGCGUCCUGGCGACGUGGCCGUGGCGACGAAUGUCAUGCCUGCGCGUGACGGUCCAAACCGAAUGCAUACUUACAAGCAUUUUGGGGACGAGCAUGAUCAUCUCGGAGUCUUUAACUCUCAUGCAGUGGAUGACUUUGAAGUAUAUGUGACGGAAGCUCAUGAGCAUGAGGGGUUGUCCGACGAGGACAACGUACAUGGAGAGGAACACGAGACAGACAAAGGGGUGGGCAAAGACGAUGGUGAGGAGGGGGAUGACGAGGACGAGAGUGAGGACAUGGACGGGGACGACGGCGAGGAGUUGGACAAGGAUGACAACAAUGUUGAGGGGCGGGAAGAUGACGAAAACGAGGAGGAGGAGGAGAAGGAGCAGAUUAAGGACUCGAACGAGGACGCAGAUGGCGAAGGUGAGGACAACGACAACAAGGAUGGACAGGAUGAAAAGGACGAAGAGGGAGAUAAGGAAAAUAUGAAGGACUAGGACGAUGACAAGGCGACAAGGAUGGACAGGAGUUUGUGGAGAGAGAGGGAGAGGAGGUGGAUGACGACAGCGACAGCGAC